CGGAGCUGUCGGCAUGCGAGCGGCGGCGCGGCCCGGGCCCGGCUCCCCGCGGCUGGCCCGGCCGGCAGCGAGCCGCGGGCCCGGGGCGGGCAGCGCCGGCGGCAUGCCCCGCUGCACUGCAGCCUGCCAGCAGCCCGCUUCUAGCCACAACCAUGCAAAACCGUCAUGUCCAUGAAGAUCCUAUUACCUAGGAAGAAUUUGAUGUUUUGCUGCGAAUGCUGUGUUGGGAUUGAUUUAUUCUUGGAGUGUUCUGCACGGCUGGCAAAGAAUAAUGUUCCAAAAUCGGUCCUUCUCCCAAGGGGUCCAAUUUUUCUUCCUGGGUGUCAGCGAGCCCUGACUCACUACAGUGCAGCUGACAGGGGCUGCCAUGCUUGUGGCACACUAAGCAAAAAACAAAAGACCUAAGGACGACCUUUGAACAACACAAAGGAUGGGUUUCAAUGUAAUUAGGCUACUGAGCGGAUCAGCUGUAGCUCUGGUAAUAGCCCCUACUGUAUUACUGACAAUGCUUUCUUCUGCUGAACGAGGAUGCCCUAAGGGCUGUAGGUGUGAAGGCAAAAUGGUAUAUUGUGAAUCUCAGAAAUUGCAGGAGAUUCCCUCAAGUAUAUCUGCUGGUUGUUUAGGUUUGUCCCUUCGAUAUAACAGCCUCCAAAAACUAAAAUACAAUCAGUUUAAAGGUCUUAAUCAACUCACCUGGCUCUAUUUAGACCAUAACCACAUCAGCAAUAUUGACGAAAAUGCUUUCAGUGGAAUACGCAGACUAAAAGAGUUGAUCUUGAGUUCCAACAGAAUCUCCUAUUUUCUUAAUAAUACCUUCAGACCUGUGACAAAUCUCCGGAAUUUGGAUCUGUCAUACAAUCAGCUGCAGUCUCUGGGAUCUGAACAGUUCAGGGGCUUAAGGAAGCUGCUGAGUUUACAUUUGCGGUCCAAUUCCCUAAGAACCAUCCCUGUUCGAAUAUUUCAAGAUUGUAGGAACCUUGAACUGUUGGACCUGGGUUAUAAUCGCAUCCGGAGUUUAGCAAGGAAUGUCUUUGCAGGUAUGAUCAGACUGAAAGAGCUUCAUCUGGAGCACAAUCAAUUUUCUAAGCUCAACCUGGCACUUUUUCCAAGGCUAGUCAGUCUUCAAAACCUUUAUUUACAGUGGAAUAAAAUCAGUGUGAUAGGACAAACUAUGUCCUGGACCUGGAGCUCAUUACAAAGACUUGAUUUAUCUGGCAAUGAAAUAGAAGCUUUCAGUGGACCUAGUGUUUUUCAGUGUGUGCCAAAUUUACAGCGCCUCAACCUGGAUUCAAACAAGCUCACAUUUAUUGGUCAAGAAAUUUUGGAUUCCUGGAUAUCUCUCAAUGACAUCAGCCUUGCUGGGAAUAUAUGGGAAUGCAGCAGAAACAUUUGCUCUCUGGUAAACUGGCUAAAGAGUUUUAAAGGGCUGAGGGAAAAUACAAUUAUUUGUGCCAGCCCCAAAGAGCUGCAAGGGGUGAAUGUUAUUGAUGCAGUGAAAAACUACAGCAUCUGUGGCAAGAGCACCACAGAAAGGUUUGAACUAGCACGAGCUCUCCCAAAGCCAACGUUUAAACCAAAACUCACCAGGCCUAAACACGACAGCAAGCCCCCUCUGCCCCCAACCAUGGGAGCCACUGAAGCCAGCUCUGAGCCCGAGCACGACACAGAGCACAUCUCCUUCCAUAAAAUCAUAGCAGGCAGCGUGGCUCUGUUCCUGUCGGUGCUGGUGAUCCUGCUGGUGAUCUAUGUGUCAUGGAAGCGGUACCCUGCCAGCAUGAAGCAGCUGCAGCAGCGCUCUCUCAUGCGAAGGCACAGGAAAAAGAAAAGACAGUCGCUGAAGCAAAUGACUCCAAGUACACAGGAAUUUUAUGUAGAUUACAAACCUACCAACACUGAAACCAGUGAGAUGCUGCUGAAUGGAACAGGACCCUGCACGUAUAACAAAUCAGGCUCCAGGGAAUGCGAGCAAAACUGCACCAGAGAGCCACAGCCAGUCUGCAGUGGAAGGAAGGUGGCACCACUGAUUCUUUACAUCUCCUACACAUCAGCCUUGGGGAGUUCAGGCCACCUUGACCUGUAGGUGAAAAACAGGUAAUAAUACACUUUGUGUCUUGUCCCAGAUUCUCCUCAGGGAAAAGAGCCUUGAGUCAACACAGAGUGUGACAAGGGUUGGUUUUUCUGAGUGUUGCAGACUGCUGGCUGCCAGUAAAUUCUGUAAGCCUUGUACUCCAGUGCCAUUCCUGCUCCUGGUGGGAAGGCCUGGCACAGGAUGCAGGCAGUGCUGCUCAGGCAGGGCACUGCCCACCACUUCCCUCCAAACCAAAGGAGGCCAAAACCCACCAAAUUAUUUUCACUUUUCCAAGUCCAGUCAGUCCCCCAGUGAGACAAAAAUCUGUUGUGAACUUUGCUAACCUUCAAUUUGUUUAUGUUCUCAGGACUUAGUACACAGGGACAUAAAGAUUUCUUCCAGAUUAUAUCCUCUAUAGGAUCUCUACAUCUCUUCUCUUUCAUUGCUUUGCUUGGUGAACGCAGAAAUUAAAGCCAUCAACUUGGAAAAUAUUUCCUUAUUUGGAGUUUCAGUAUUAAAUAUGGAAAAAAAAAAAAAAAAAAUUCCAGUAAUUCCAAACUGGAAUAAACAGCUCAUCAAGCCAGUUAUCUAUCAAUUAAUAAAUUAAAGAUUAUAACAUUUCUCCUCAGCUGCUUCAACAAUAGAAUUAUUUAGUUCUAGUUAGAAAUAAAUGUCACUCCUUAAAGUAUCUCAUCAUCAAAAAUGUUGAAGCACCUUUCAUUAGAGGGUCUCGAAACACUUUGCAAGACAUUACCAAUGCCAUUUCUACAGAAAUGGGGUUCUUUUCAGGCCACAGCAGCACUGGAAGCAGAUGCUCAGUCCCCCACAGCCAUUAUUUUACUGAUUGUUUUCUUACUCACAAGGAAGUGGAAGCUGGUGGGAGACAUGAGUCAUGUGAAAUGAGAGCACAGCACCAUGCAGCAGCAAGGGAGCAGACACCUCCAUCCAAAUUCAGAAAGGUACAGAAUUUUCUAAACUAAAAUAUAACCUUAAUCCUAUAACAGCACGCUUCCACAAAUGUUGCUUGAAACCUAUAGACUGUCAAGCCAUAAAAUACAAUUACUCAGUGCUUAUAAUCACCACGUAGCCUGUUGUGGUUUGGCAGGCUCUCCUCCUCCAGUGUCAAAUAUAAAACAUGAUGGUGGCCUACAGAACUUUAGGGAAACAUAAUGCCUGACAGCAGAGCAAGACUGCAUGGAAAAGCAUUGUAUCACCUCCAACAAAAUAAACAAGCCAGAACUCUCACAAGAUUAAUACUAGCAAUCAUCACCACCAGAAUAAAUAGAGGGUUUCAUUUUACUAGUUUUAAAAUACUUACUCCACUUGGUGAAUUAUGGCUGUUUUUUCUAAAGUGGCUCCUAAUCUGAUUGCUCAGAGAUUUAUGUACAGUCACAAAGUUGGGAAAUUAUUAUUGGGAAUGUCUAUUCAGAUGAGAACUUUCUGAAAAUUGAGAUAGGGACUAAAAUCAGAUUUUAUACUUCUCAUUUAACAAUCUAUUAUUAAUAAGCUUUUUAAUUGAUGUCAGUAGAAAUAAUAACUUCAUUUUCACAGCGCCAGACAAAAUUCAUUCCACUGCUUAACCAUAUUUGUCCUCCCCAUGAUGACUUAGCAGAAGCAUAUUGAUGCUAAUCAAUAAUCAUUUAAAAAGACCCCCUCCUUAAAACAUAACCCACUUUUAUCCCAGUGUUUACAUCAGCACCAGCAGGUAGCACUGACCAUACCUGUCCAUGAUAAACUGAUGAAAUCCAGCUGAAAUGAAAAUAAGCAGUGACCCGCCUGGUAAUGACCACAUCACUACUGCACCACUAAUAACACGUGUGGAAAGGAAAGAUGUGUCCAAAACUGGACUACACCUAGGAAUCUGCUACCCUACCUUGUACCCCACAUCCUCCACAGCAGCAGCUCAGGAGAAUUCUCCUACAUUCCCAGGUGGGCUCAAACUGCCAAAGGCUGCUUUUCCCCAUGAUGGGCAGGUAUAAACUGUGCUUUACAGGUUACAAAUUCUAAUCCAACUUCUGGUGACCCCACCAGCAUCACAAAGGAUGAGAGGUGGCCCUGGAGAAACUCAGAAUCAAACCAGAACAGAUGCCAACAGGAAAAUUGUUUUCAUUCCACUGUGCCUCUGUUUAAAAAGCUCAGAUCAUGACGAUACACGAUACAAUAACCUACCUUGACUGCAAGGAUGUAUUUGCAUCAGCACAGACAAUUGCAACACCUCACAAAGGAAGGAAUUUAUACACAGGGCAUCGAACUGUUUGUGCUUUCUCCUGAACCAAGGGUAUCACAAUCACAGUAGGAAAUGUCGUAUCAGACAUGCCUAGCAGCUUUCUGACUGGGUGCAGCCUGUGUAUAACAAGGAGAAACAAACACAUACCAAAAAAACCCAGAAGAAAAAAGACAGCUCACCAUAGUUAGAAAAUGAUGUCUCAGCCCUUAACAUACCCAUGCAGGAAUGCAGAUCAUGUAGUAUACUUCAAAUAACAUACCUGUAAGUGUUCUCAUUACAUACUUAGAAAUGAAAUCUUUUUAUACAGAAUUUCCACUAAAACCUUACCAUCAUUGUGGUCUGGCAGCAAGUUCUACAGAUGAAUUAUGGACUGUGAAUAAAAAUAUUUUAAUAAGUCAUUUUAAAAUCAAUUCCUUUUCCCCUGAAUCAAAUGCUCCUAAACAUUUUCCUCAGCAAACUCCAAACCAUUUUUCUUUCAACUAAUCCUCCUUGGUAAUAGGUAAUUAGAAUUGACCACAAACUCAAGAAUAAAAGGCAAAAUAUUUACACAAAGGCAUUAUUAAUGUACUCUUAACAAGCCUUUUGAACUGUGUCCAGAAGGACACAACAUACUCUUUUUUCACGGAUGACACUUUGAUAAAUAUUAACAGCAGAUAUCUAUGGUUAAAAUUAUUCCUACCAUUGCCAACAGGCAAUACUUCACAUUUGUGAAUUGAUUCUGCUUGGUAAACUCGUGCUCGUUCACAUAGCUUUGCUGAGUUCUGGAAGGUCCUGCUUGCAUUCCUAGAUCUGACUGACCCAAACAAUUUAUAUUACCUGCACAUUUUGCCAUUUUCCCUUUCCCAGAGACUUCAUCUUGCAGCACAUGAAUCUAACCUGAAUACCUGAGGGCUCCCUGCUGUUAACCUUUUGCCAUGUGGAAAAUUGACACCUCAUUCCUUCUCUUGUUUUCUGUCUCCAGACAGUUUCUACUACAGAAGAGCAGCUCCCCUUUCACUUCAGCAACGUUUAGCUUCUCAAAUAGCCUCUUAUGAUGAACGCUAGCAAAGGCUGUCUGAGUCAAAUAAAUUUUGUCAAUGUGCUCUUCUUUACCCUGGCAGACAGCACUGAUUAGCUGCUGUGGUAGAGCUGCCCUAGAAAGAGAAUAUUCUCUGGGCUGGUGCUACUUGAAAGCACCUAAGACAGCAGUAGUUCCAUCCCCCAUUUACCACAGCCCCUCAAAAUGAUGUUUAGGAGACUGAUAAACUGCAGCUUGGUGCAGUCAGUCAGGUAUCUGCUGUACCACCCCCCAGGAAACACACUUGCACUGGACUUCCCAGCAGCGGUUCAGAAUUUCUCUCUAUGCCAAGUUCAGGCAGUGCCUGUAACGUUAUCCUUAAUUUUUCUGUUUUCUGAUUUAACUAUGCUUCAUGUUAGUUUAUAACAGGACAUGCUUCUACUAGCCUAGACAUACUACAGAGCACUGAGGCUCUGCAGGGUGUACAGAUCCAGCUGUUCUCUUCAGCUUCACACACUGGAUUAAACUUGUGGGGUUUAUCACAGAGCUGUCGUUCCACAGGCACAACGCAGUCAGCAGUUCUUUCACCUGCCCCUCAGAAAGCAGUGAGAUUAACAUGAAAUUUGAGAUUUAUCAUGCUAAAAACUAUCAUUCAGUAAUGGGUGUAGAAUUAAUUUUAAUUAGGGUCUUAUUGUUGUACAAUGCAAAAGUGUGUAAAUUGCAGAAAUUAAGAUCUGUUUGUGGCUGGCAAAUGGAAGUGCGUGUAAUACUAGACACAAACAGCAUGCAGGUUUACAAGAAUAGCAAAUGUUCAGAAAAAGGCAGAGUUACUUCAAGUAAUUUUUGUUAUUCCAACAAUCCAUGCAUGACUGCCUCCCGAAUAUACUGAAAA